GUUUCCCUCCCGGAAGGAGAGGCCGGUGUUGCGCUGGCCCCGCCUCGCCGGGCCGCCAUCUUGGCUGGGAGCCGCGGUCGCGCCGCAGCGGGGAGGUGGCGGGGGGUCGCGGCCCGGCUCGCCCGGCCCUGCGGCGCUCGCUCGCUCGGCCUCCGGCUCUGGGCAGGCGGGACGUCCCGGUGGCGGAGGGACCUGUUCUAGCAGGGAGAGAUGAGCAACAACAGUAAUAAGAGAGCACCGACGACAGCAACACAGAGACUUAAACAAGACUACCUGCGAAUUAAGAAAGAUCCAGUGCCUUAUAUCUGCGCAGAACCCCUCCCAUCAAAUAUCCUUGAGUGGCACUAUGUUGUACGGGGACCUGAAAUGACUCCAUAUGAAGGUGGCUAUUAUCAUGGGAAACUAAUAUUCCCCAGAGAAUUUCCUUUUAAACCUCCUAGUAUUUAUAUGAUUACUCCUAAUGGAAGGUUUAAGUGUAAUACAAGGUUGUGUCUUUCAAUCACUGAUUUUCACCCUGAUACAUGGAAUCCAGCUUGGUCAGUCUCAACGAUCUUGACAGGCCUUCUUAGUUUUAUGGUGGAAAAGGGCCCCACACUGGGCAGCAUAGAGACCUCAGAGUUCACAAAAAGACAGCUUGCUGCACAAAGCUUAGCAUUUAAUUUGAAAGAUAAAGCCUUCUGUGAACUCUUCCCUGAAGUGGUGGAGGAAAUUAAACAGAAACAGAAAGCACAAGAAGACCUCAGUAACAGACCUCCAUCCCUUCCUUUACCAGAUGUUGUCCCGGAUGGGGAAGCACACUAUGGUCAAAAUGGAAUACCCCUUCUUAAUGGGCAUGUACAGCUGGCACCUGCCAAUCAUCCAGGUCUCCAACAAGCCAAUCGUAACCAUGGACUCUUAGGAGGAGCUUUGGCGAACUUGUUUGUUAUAGUUGGUUUUGCAGCCUUUGCCUACACAGUCAAGUAUGUACUGAGAAGCAUAGCACAAGAAUGAGGAGUAUAACAGAAAUUCAAGACCAAAAUAGUGAUAGUUGCAGAAUGAGUGGGACUCUUUAGGCAUCUGACUUUGGUACUGGGAUAAAUAUUUGUACUACCAAGUUGCAGGUAAAACAUUGGUUGGCUCAUGGGUUAAGUUUGGGAAAUGAAGUAGCCUCAGUUAGUCAGAAAACUAAAAGAUGUUCUGCUCACAGAUUCUGUUGUCCUCACUACUGUUCAGUAGUGGCUCACAAACAAGUCAAAGCAUUAUUGAUGAGAAGCUAGCAUUACUAAUGCUUUGAUUUUUAUAGCAUUUCUCCAUUCUGUUGUUUGAAAUUUGAAAAUAUUAAGCAAAUAAGGCUUUUUACUAGAUUGAACAAUUUUUAAAAUUUCGCACUUGAUGCAUAUUGUAUUUUAGUUUCAUUAGCUAAGAGUCUGUACAGGGUUUGAAAUGAGUAAAGGCGAGACUCAGUAAGGGUCUGGUUAAUGUGAGCAUUGAUGCUACAGAAGAUAGCUGGUUUCUUUUAUAAAAUAGAAUGAACAUCAUUGCAUAUCUAGUCAGUAGUGAUUAGAUCAGUGGGAAAGUAACACCACGUGUGUUAAAUGUGUUGUCUGAAUUGUCACAACAUAACUUAAGGUCUUAUUUGGGCUACAAGAAGUGCAGUUGCUGGCCUUUAGGAAACAAUUAGCCAGAAAAACUAUUUGAAUCAGUCUUAGUGGGGAUACUGAUAUUGAAUAUUGUUUUGAAUUUGUUCACUUAGUUACAAAUUUCCAUUUUGGGAAAUGUUAUAUUUUAAAACUGUAAUAUUUUAUUUUGAUCACAAGGUGCCACUGUUUAAAAAUAAUAAAUCUGCACAGAACAAGGAAAAGUUAAUUAUGUGUUCAGAAGUGUCUCUGGGUUUCUUGGGCUUUUGUAAAUGAAAAAACAGUAACCCUUGUGGAGCUAAAAGGAUAAAGGAGGCUGAAUACUGAACCAGAUUCUUCAAAGUCAGCUGAAUUCAUCUGAAGUGCCACUAGCUGAAGUGAACUGCUUAGAAUUAGUAUUGCUUACUUUGCUUGACAAUUUGGGUAAACUACUAAAAAAAAAAAAAAAAAAAAAAAAAAAAAAAAAAAAAAGAGAGAGAGAACCUAAGCCUUUCUAUUUUACCUGAGUUCCCAGAAGCUUUUGGCUUCUAAAAAAAGCUCCUCUCUGUUCCCCUUCAGAUGAUGGAUGACUGAAAUAUCAGUGUUUGUUCCUGAGGUUACAUGAUUGUGGAUAAACACUAAAACUCCUAGUGUAGUUUGAGAGUCUGAAGUUACUUUUUCACCUCAGUUUCCUUCCCCCCCCCUUAGUUUUAUCCAAAUGCUUUGACUUAUCAGAGGCAAGCUUACUGUGCCUUUCGUAAUUAACAGUGAUGUCUAGUCAUCUGGGGAAGAAAGCACUCACUGUUAAUGAUCUAACAAACUGUAAAAGGUGAUAGCAGGGUAAAAAGCUCUGCAUUUAACUGCAUAUUCUUUGUUUAAAUGUUGUGAAGAGCCCAAUAAAUAUUACCUCAUGUAUUUAAGAAAUUUUUUGAAGCUGUUUUAUUUUUCCCUUUCAGAUUUGUUUGAUUGCUCUGCUUCUCCUUGGUAUCUUGAAUUGUACAGGAAAAAAAACUAUGGUAAACCCAUGAGCCAUGUAGCUUAGAGCAUCAAUAAAUAAAUGUUGUUACCAAUUCUCUGCAAUAGGUAGUAAUUAUCAAAACUAGUGAAACAGCUUCCAUACUGAAGAAAUCUUAAAGCAGAUCUUACUGAGGUAAGGAAGGGAAGGAGGAAAUGGGAUGCAUGUAGGCAGAAUGUGGAAAAGGCUGGAUUUUAAAAUGUAUUUAUAAAUCCUGAUUUUUGAUUUUCGUGGGUUUGAUCCAAUCUUAUUUAUAAUUGUUCUUUAAUUUGCCUCUCGUAUAUGCUUAAUCAGCUCUCCUAAGAGAAGCACCAGUUGUAUUUGUGUCCAAAAACAGUUAUGUUCUGUCAGUCUGGGGAUGUGUGGGAGGGAAAGGGGAUUGUCAUGUCUCUCCUGGAGUGAUAGGAUAUUCAAGAUGUCUUGUAAGACAAAUAUAUAUAUAAUUUUUUUCUUCUUCAAAGCAUACAAGCCUGUAGCUAGGGCUACUAUGCCUUAUAGAGCUUAAUAUUAUUCAAACAUGUUUGUGUCCUCACAAUGCCUUUUUCUAUCAUUGCCUACACACAGAGGUUUAUAAAUGGUUAUCUAUGCUUGUCUUCUCAUAGAAGUUUUUACCCACAUAAAGGAAGAAAAAGGCAAGGAGACCUUGGGCAUGGUGUGUUCACAUCUUUUGUGAAAUGUAACUAACCAAGGUAAAAGAACUAGUAAAAUCAGGAGAUGCUGAUUUCUUAUAAAAAGCGUUUUAUUAUGUGACAAGAAGUUGGCCUCAAGCUACCCUUAAGCAUCUGAAGGUGGGUCUCUUGCUUGUAGCAAGUACCACAAUUAGAAACAAAAACCUGCACUGAUUAAAUCCUGGACAUGCUGCUUUUUUCUUUUUUGAGGAUUGGAUUUUUUGUUGUGUUUUUUUUUCUCCCCCAGAGGAAUUUGUCUUCCAGUAACAGUUUCUCUUCAGUACCCUGGAUUCAGAGAGACUUGACUGUCAAUUCAGGUGCCAUUUGUGAAAAGUUAGGAAGAACAGAUGACUGAACCCUUGCACUCUUGCAUUCAAGACUUCCAUUGCUUCUUGCCUUUGGUAACAAAAGAUUUAUUUACUCCUGUGUAGGGCGUACUGAUUUUUGAAAAAAGCUUUUAUUAACAGUAUGCAGUAUCUGAUCUUUUUGUUACCAAAGUCAGUUACCAGUAGAUGAAGCAAACCAUUCUUUGCCACACAAAAAUGUUAUUGUGCCCUGAAGCAGUACAUUAUUUAAUAUAUUUAAAAGCUGUCUUUUCAUGUAUGAUUCUGGAACAAAUGUCUGACCCUUCACUUUCAUGCUGCAAUUUCAUAGAUUUAUUUAGGAUUGUCAUACAAUAGGUAGGGAAGUUUUGCAACUCUAAUCAUGAGAUUUCUCAGUGGUAGCCUUUAAAAAUCUCUUGAUUUUAAAAAUCUUGGAUUUGUGUGUAGUCAUAACUCUUUUUCCCCCUCCAACAUUUCAAAGUCACAGAAGCUACAUCGCUUAGCAUGUACUGAGGAGUAGAAAUGACUGCAUUGUAAAGUUAUUUGUUCAUAAUAAACAUUCAUAUUAAAAUUCA